AUGGCAUUUUCAUUUGGCACAACUCCUGCAACAAGACCGACUCUAUUCGGCACUCCUGCAACUACCACUACAUCUACAGCUCCAACUACAAGUCCGUUUACAUUUGGUGCACCAGCAGCUACAACAACAUCAUCUACAGCUCCUAUAUUUGGUGCUCCUGCUGCAACUACGACAGCUACCACUACACCAUUCACUUUUGCAACACCAGCUACUACGACAACAUCAGUCUUUGGUUUCGGUACUCCAGCAUCAACGACUACAGCAGCAACAACAGCAGCAAAACCACUCUUCACUGGAUUUGGUACAGGAGCAACUACAACAACACCUGCAUUCGGCUUUGGUACAGCAACUACAACUGCUACAGCACCAGCUACUUUCGGUUCAUUUGGAUUUCCAACGGCACCAGCUACAAUAACAGCACCUACAUUUGCCUUCACCGGAGGUUUAACACAGCCAUUCGGAACUGCUACUGUUGCACCUGUUCCAACAACAAUUCCAACAACUAAUGUAAUUCGUUCAGAUGAUAUACUUAUAACAUCAUUAACUUCACCACGUUUAUUCAAUGAUGAACGAGAUGAACUUAUUCUUAAAUGGAAUAUUCUACAAGCAUUUUAUGGUACUGGUAAAACAUUUUGUCAUCAAGGUGUAUAUGAUGUUGAUGCUAAUCUUCCUUAUCAUGUCUUUAAAACAUAUUCAUACAGUGUUCGUCCGAAAACUCGUGAUGAAGAUGGUCUUGUAGCAUUGAUUAUUAAUCAAAAAUUAGCUGAUGUUGUCAAAGAUAAAGAUAAACGUAUUGAAUCUCUUCAUCGACUUUGUUUUAAUAAUAAUCCGAAUUGUAUUAUUGAACUUGAAGGAAUUUCACCAUUAGCCGAUGAUCGUACUCAAAUGUUAAUUGUUGUUAGUGAAAAACAACCUGGAACAUUAUUAAUUAAAAAAGCAAAAUCAUCUGAUGUUGUUAAUUAUCUUCAACCACCACAACCACAACAACAAACAACAACAUUACUUGCACCACCAAUAAAUUCAAAUAAAGCACAUUUAGAUUCCAUGGGUAUUGUUCAAAUUUUUGCAAGAACAGAUUUAAGUGAACAAGAUUAUAAACAAUAUCUUGAUUCUACACCACCAGGUCUAACGGCGUUUGUUUGGGAACAAGCAAAAAAAGAAAAUCCUAAACCACAAUUACUUUUGCCUGUACCACUUGUUGGUGUUAAAGCAUUACGUGAUCGUAUGAAAUCUCAAUUUAUUGAACAUGAAGAUCAAAAACAACAAUUAGAAAAUAUUCGUCAACAAUUACGUACUGUUAAAGAUCAAUGUGAAGCAUUUCGUUUAACAAUGAAACGUUAUCAAACAAAUUUACUUGAUUAUUCGCAUCGAAUUCUUAAAGCUACAAUUCAAUUUGAAAGUCGUCGUCGUCAAUAUGAACCAAAAUUAACUUCAACUGAAAUUCAAAUUUGGACUAAUCUUCAUUCAUUACAAAAUUUAUCUCAAUCACCAUUAGAUAUUCGUAUAAAAGAUUUAAUUAUGAAAAUACGUAUGAAUCCAACAUUAUUAGCUCCAAUUCAAUGGUCAUCAAUACUUAAUUCAAAUGAAUCAUUACGUUUUGAUAAAGAAAAAAUUGAACAAAUUAAAGAUAUUUUACAAGAAAUUCAUCGAGGAAUUAAAAAUGUUGUUGAAUUAGUACAAAAUGAUCGAACAACAUUAGGAAAAAUUGAUGAAAAAAUUUUACAAAGAAAAUAA